AUGAGCUCCCCCCCAUCCGCCUUGGGCUGGGUGUCCAGCAGCAACUGGGAUGAACCCCAGGCAGUGAUUGAAGUGGAGGCUAAGUUACCUGUCUGGCAAAACAGUUGGACACCGAUCAAUCCGUUACCCACAUCCACCAUAGCUGCACUUCCUGCUCUUCCGCCACCUCCGUCAGAUAUCAAUGACAGUGAGGAAUCAUUUAUAAGCGCAAGUCUUCUUCGCGAGGCGAUCCUCGACUCAGCCCUGCGCCUGGAGCAACGUCGCAGGGGAAGGACACGGAAGGCCCUCUCAGCUGUACUGUUGUCACUACGACGGGCAAAGCGAGUUACUUAUGUCAGUUCUGGAGAUGCCUCCAAAGGUGCGAUGCUACUGAAUGGAAAUAAGAAAACCCCCCCAAAGAAACCUCGGGCCGUUGGGAAGCCUUAUAAUCGUCAAUUUGAGAUCGACCAGAGUCUCAUGCCCAUUGCCCGAACCACAUUCAACAUCGUUGCAUCAGGACAUAAGCGGACGUCUUCGGAGGCCUUUUCUACAGAUGUAGAGACAUUUGUAGCAAAGAAGAUGCUCACUAUGAGGGGAAUGGGUCAGGGAACCACUUCGGUUGCUACGGGCGUCUUCAUGGCACAGGAACAGCACACAACGCCAAUGAAACCGACACAACCCGACACGAAACGUCAUUUUGCCGCUGUCGAUGCCUCCAACAGGGACAACCAGGAAGACCUCUUCGAUGAUGAUGACUUCGCUGACAUUGAGAACUUUCUCGAAGCCGAAAAGACACUGGUGGCCAGGACGACAUACCCAACUCCGACUUCUUCCCGACCAGAAACCUUCAGGGCCCUCAAGACACCAUCGUCACCUACUGAAGCCAAUGUGACAGCGCCAAUGAAGCCGGUCAUCGGUCCUUUGCCUUCCCUUGCCUCGCCAACGGGACUGCCCACGAAUUGCUCUGCCUUGCACCCCUUUCCAAUCUGCCUCGGCAUUGGAGAGGCUCUCCGCCACGUCUCGCUCGCCUUCUCCUCUUCACCACCGGCCACUCCAGCCCGUGCCGGGACGGGCUUUUGGAUCACCACUACCACGUCGUUGAAUCUGGAGAUCUAUGCUGUGGUGCACACCACUCGCACCAUGGGAGCCAGCCGGACCGUCACACUCGCGGACUUGUACUUUCCAGACCGACCACCCUACCUCACCGGCACCACCGUUCCGCAACCAGCCUCGGGCGCCGCCACGGGACCCGCAUUUUCCCAAAGAUUUCCAGACAGAUCUCUCGUGCGCGUCUUCGCCCAGAUAUCCCCGAAGCCCGUCUUCUCCGGCGCCUUGACCGCAUUGGGAACAAAUGCACCUCAAAUCUCGUCGUGGAGUCCUGGCGUGAACACUUUACCCGUGACAGCAGCAGAAAAACACGACGUCGAUGUCAUCGUGUUGAGCAUCCGUCGCUCCGAUUGGGAAGAAAUCCAGCGCGUGAAGGACAUUUGUGACCGAGCUUCUGGGGCUUUGACGACAACGACCACCAGCACCACCACACCUGGUAUGGCUUCGGUCUCGACGACGACGCGGGGGCACUCCCAACAGGCCAAAGCAGAAGUUGCUGGAAAGACACGCCGUUUGAGUUGA